AAAGUUCAAUCGAUUGAUAAUGUAAUAAAGUUUAUAUUUAUAACAUGUGAAGGUAAUUAUUCUGUUGACGCAAUAAUUACCAGUAUGUCAAACAAAUUGAAUAUUAUACUCGCAUUUUUAAAAAUUCUUUUCUCAUUAAAGAAUCGAGGUGACAGUAAUGGGAAAUAAUCCCUAAGUAAUCAUAAGAGAAAAUAUUUUAUAAUGCGGUUAUCAAUAAGCUAUUUAUUUUAGUACCCAAAAUAAAACGGUCAGUCAUUAAAUUUUUUUUUACUGCAUUCAAUGAUGCAGCUUCGACCUCAAACAAUUUUUAUUUGAAAAUCUAUCGAGCCGCUGAUUAAAAUCGAAAUUCUAAUCCGUGACGCCCCAUUUAAACCUGAAAAGUUACUGAAAUUUCGAAAAUUCCUGUCUCAAAUUUAAAACGCACAAUUUUAAACAGAGAAUUAUGAUUUUGCAGCUUUUUUCCACUAUUCACCGUAAAAAUUUAAACAAAAACUAUGAAGCGAAUAUUUUACACAAUCUUAAUAACGAAUUCAGUGAGAGAGUAUUGAAGAUGAUCGGUACCUUUCAAUGAAUCAAUGAAAAUCGGUUCGGAUGAGAGAAGGGGUCGAAGAAAAAAGGAAUUUUUAGAGGAGGUAGGGGAUAUGUGUACAUCACCUUAACACUCGUAACGGUAAACCUAAUCCGGUCUGUCCAGACCUUCUCGGUCAGUCUUGAAUGAUGAGAGUCAGUCUUCAGGUGUAGCUCCAGUGACACAGUCCCUAUACUCCAAUAUUCAGCAAAAAAAAAAAGAGAAAUUGGAGCAGAUUGCGCAGGUCGAAGAUUCUCCGGGUGAAGGAUGCUACCGCAACCCGAAGCUAUUGUUGUGAGAGAUGCCAGGAAAUGUCUCGGGGAUGGAUCCAUUAUCUUUGAUGGGCUUAACAUGACUGUACGGAGAGGCACAAUAUAUGGAUUAUUAGGAGCAAGUGGUUGUGGCAAGACGACUCUGCUCUCCUGCAUCGUGGGAAUUCGUAAAUUGGACAGAGGCGAGGUGUGGGUGUUGGGAGGCCACCCAGGCAGCAAAACCUCGUCAAUCCCAGGUCCCCAGGUGGGAUACAUGCCCCAGGAGAUAUCUCUGGUUCACGAAUUCACAGGGAUCGGGGCCCUCUACUACUUUGGCCGCAUAAACGGCCUCGAGGACGACGCAAUCGAGUCGCGCUACGCCUUCCUCUCGGACCUCCUCCAACUUCCACCGAGGAAUCGUUUAAUAAAACACAUGAGUGGUGGCCAGCAGCGAAGAGUAUCAUUUGCCUGUGCACUGAUACACGAGCCCGAACUGCUCAUCCUAGACGAGCCAACGGUGGGUCUUGAUCCACUACUGCGUGAAAACAUCUGGAAUUUCCUGGUGAAUCUCGCCAGGUCGAGUGGUACAACCAUUAUUAUCACAACACACUACAUAGAGGAGGCAAAGGAGGCGGACAAAAUUGGUUUACUUCGGUGUGGAAGACUCCUGGCAGAGGCAUCACCCACCAAGCUCCUCGCCAAUUGCAACUGCAACUCCUUGGAGGAGGCAUUCCUCCUCCUCAGCCAGAAGCAAAAUGACGCCCAGGUAUACCGCCAGAGUAAUAUCGUCGACACAGAACUCCAGGAGAUGAGGACCAAUGAAACACUCGAUCAAAAUCGAAACUUCUCCCCCAAGGAGUACCACAGGGUAUCCAAGAUAUCGUCCCAGAUAUCCAACCCGAGGAGGAGAAACCGAAAAUUCCAGGCUCUGAUGAUCAAGAAUUGCUUGCAGUUCCUUCGUCACCCAGGUGGAAUUCUCUUUGCAUUCAUCUUCCCCCUGAUCCAGGUGAACGUAUUCUUCAAUGCAAUCGGUCAGGAUCCGAAGGACUUGCUGAUGGCAGUGGUGAACGACGAGGCAGGAGACUGCGCCGGGGGAAAGUACCUGGGGACAGUUGUCUACGACGAGGAAGAGGACAUGUGUGACUACGUCGACCUGAGUUGUCGGUUCAUCAGUGGUUUUCAAGAAGCCAUUGGAAGAAGCAGAUUCUACAAGGAUCACCAGGAUGCACGAGACGCUGUGAAAUUCGGUCAGGCAGUGGGACUCGUCCACUUCGACAGGAACUUCUCCAAGAGCCUCCAGGCAAGGAGAGACCGCCUCGAGCUCGAAUCCAACACCAGCGGCAGGAUCGAAGUCUCUCUCGAUAUGGGAGACAGGCAGAUUGGUCUUCACAUGGAGAAAACCCUCUUCAGCAAAUUCUUCGAGAUCUACGAGAUGAUCGUGAGUGAAUGCAGAAUUCCCAAACGCUUCGUUGAUAUUCCCCUAAAAUUUGAGGAUCCCGUCUUCGGGGCGAUGAACCAGAAGUUCUCCGACUUCAUGGCACCCACGUUCCUUCUCACUGUCACGUUUUUCCUGUCGACUGCUGUCUCGUCAUCUGUCAUUAUUUCGGACAGACACGAGGGCAUUUGGAACAGGAGUCUCGUCCAGGGUGUCACCACGCCUGAGAUAUUGACAGCUCAUUUGAUAACUCAGCUCAUCAUCAUUAUUAUUCAGGUGUCGGUGACGAUGGUCAUCAGCUUUAUGCAGUACAAUCUCAAGUGCAGUGGCUCGGUGGUCACUGUCAUAGCUAUGAUACUCCUCAUGGGAAUUUGUGGCAUGUGCUAUGGAUUCCUCGUAUCUGUUCUCUGCACAUCCCACACGAUGGCCAAUUAUAUCACCACUGGGAGUUUUUAUCCUGUAAUUCUUCUCUGCGGGUGUGUCUGGCCUGUCGAGGGAAUGCCCACUUUCCUCAGAUGGCUCAGCCUCGCACUGCCCACCACUGUACCUGGCAUUUCUCUCAGGAAUAUCCUCGAUAAAGGGUACAGGUUUGACGAUGUUCAGGUUUAUCAAGGAUUCCUCGUUAUCUUUGGAUGGACUAUUCUUCUUGUGCUACUGUGCUUCCUUGGUCUCAGAAGCAACAAGUUCUGAUGCUCGCUGGGGUGUAGACAAUUUUAGGAGACAUAACUCAAUGUUUUUUUAAUAAUUGAUCAUUGAAAUCAUUUAUAUAUGUCGCUGAACGAAAAUUGUGAAUCACUUCGUUCAUCUAGUCAAGGGGGGAGCAGGAAAUUUGCUUCUGCAGAGAGAAAAAACUUUUUUUUUUUCAAAGGAAAAAUCAAGUGUCUUUCCCCUUGGAACCAGUGAUUUUUCACUUAAUUCCAGGGAAACAUGUGCUAGAAUGAAGUGACCAACGAGUCACUAAAUCCGAGUGGGAAAUAUUAAUAUAGAUGUUCUUGACUCCAGGAACUAUUACCACUUUGCUAUUACUCUUUUUGGUAAUAUUAAAUAAAUUGCGAGAAUAAUAAUACGUACGUCCGUUUCUCUUCAGAGGACAAUUUAUAUUAUCCUAAUCCAAGAACAAGAAAGCCCUCAGCCUUUGUUAAUCAAGAACAUAUAUCCCUUAAGAUAAGUGAAAUUCCCAUGAAUCUAGAAAGAAAAAUUCAUAUCUCUUAUCUUAGUAGAAAAAUCAUUGAAAUAAGUGAAAAAGUCAGUUAUUCCAAGGACUAUCGGCCAUUGGAUUCUAGAACCAUGAGUUUUCCUUCGAAAUAAAACUAUUUAAUCUCUGUGAUCGUAAUAAUUACAUUUGUAUGAUAGUGCAAAAGAAAUGAACAUAUUGUUGAUUUAAAUCGUAUUCUUUAUUCGAAGUUUGGAGUGUUUAUUGUACGAUGUAAAUAAAUUAUUUAUAUGCGAUACACAUUUCUUUAUUUUACUCAUUAAAUAUCUCUCUCCAUUAUCCAUUCAACAUCCCUUAUAAUACACUUUAUAUUCUUUAAUGAUUUAAUCAGCUACUUAGAUUGACAUUAAAACUAUAAACGCUGAUAGAGACUUUGUACGAGCUCGACAAGUACAUUCAGUUGCUAUCAAGCAAUUUAGUAUUCGUAAAAGACUUCAGUCGCGAGUACAAUAAGAGAAUAAUUAUCUUUCACCGUAACAACAUUGUACGAAUUCCAUAUUCGCGUACCUUCAACCGUACCUGAUAUAUCAUAAUUUAUCGCCCAUAAAUUCAUGAAAUAGAUUCAUCUUAUUUACAAUAACUAGAAAUUUCCUCAGAUCAAUUCGAUUGAAAAAUAUUCGAUUUGCAGUGGAAGAGAGGUGUGUUGAGCAGUUUAAUUAUUCCUUCAUAAUUCCAUCAGCUGUAAAAAUGUUAUUCAAUCUCAUGCAUCGUCUGUCCACUCAAUCCACCCCUCGAUCAUUCUCAAAAAUACACAAUGGCAUUCGAAAACCGAGCAAAGCGAGAAUACAUUCUCUGUGAAAAAAAAAAGAAGGAUAAAGUAAUAAUAAUCACCAGCUGAAAAUAAAUAGAGAAAAA